CAUUGCUCCAACUCACCAUGAUGGAGCAAGUGGUGGGAGCUGUGGAUGCAGUGGCCGUGGCGCUGUGCCCUUUUGGCUUUGAGUACCUUCACAGCCAAGUGGCAGUUCUGUCUGAGAGUGUCGGGUUUGCCCCAGACCAACUGCGUUACUGCUUGUCGCUGUUUGCCGCGUAUCCGCUGGCGUUGGUCUUUCGGCUGUUGCCCGUUGGCUUGAAGCACUGGUUCUCGUUUGUCGUGGGAGUACUCAUGGCCCAAUUCGUGCUGGGCUCGCAAUGGAUCCACUCGCUCAUCACAUCCACAGUCACAUACGCCAUCGUCGCCGCCGCGCCUUCCGCGUACUCGCCUCAGCUUGUGUUUGCCUUCAACAUGUCGUACAUGUCGGCCUCCCAUUUGUACCGCAUUUACGUCGACUACCUUGGCUGGAGCCUCGACUUUACUGGCCCUCAGAUGCUCCUGGUGAUCAAACUCACGUCGUUUGCAUACAACUGCUACGACGGCACCGAUGCCAAGCUGACCACCAACCCCACCAACUCUCAACUAGCUAAGGUGUACGCCAGUCGCCGCAGCUUGGCCAUCUCCGCGUUGCCGUCGCUCGUUGAAUUCUACGGCUACGCGUACUGCUUUACCACGUUUUUGGCCGGCCCAGCGUUCGAGUACCGGGAAUACAUUGACGCCGUCACGUGUCGCCACUUCAAACCCUCGGCGAUGACCACAACUUCUUGUUUUGUCAGUGCCUUGUCCAAACUCGUGCUCGGCCUCGGUUGUAUGGCGGCCAUGGCGACUUUUGGCAGCUCGUUCAACCUGCACACGACAUUGCACGCGACCUUUCCCACCGUGUUCCACCAAUGGGGAGCCAUUUACAUUGCUCUGCUGGUCACUCGAUGCAAGUACUACUUUGCAUGGAAGGUGGCUGAAGGCAGUACCGUGCUGAGUGGGUUUGGCUUUGAAGGGUUCACCAAGGACGGCCAUGUCAAGGGCUGGAAUGCCGUGUCGAAUGUGGACAUUUUGGGCUUUGAGUUUGGCCAGAGCAUUCGUGACUUGUCUCGGGCGUGGAACAAAGGCACUCAGGCGUGGCUCCAGCGCUACGUGUACGAGCGAAUGGGCAACUCCCUGCUCGCCACGUACUUUGUCUCUGCGAUCUGGCACGGGUUUUACCCUGGCUACUACCUCUUCUUCCUCUCGGGUACACUAACUACAUACUCGUUCAGGCACUAUAUAUAUAUACUAACUAACCUGGGGACAGUGCCGUUGCCCACGGCAGUGAACCGGCUCGCCCGCAGCGUCCUAAGGCCGUACGUGCUCGAAAGCAAGACGAACAAGACGCUGUACGACAUCGUGGGCACUUUGGCGACCGCGCUGACCAUCAACUACUUGGCGGUGGCGUUUGUAUCUCUGUCGUGGGAAGAGUCUGUGUUUGGCUGGAAAUCGCUGGCUUUUGUGGGCCACGUUGGGCUCGUGGCUGCCUACAUCGCGCUGAGUGUCCUGCCGCGCAAAAAGGUGGCCAAAGCUGCAUAGAAUCUCCAUGUAAACAUAGCCACAAAUCAUAGACAAACUCCGUCGAUAUCCAUCCAUAUUGAAGUUCAUGGACACGUCAUAUGAUUUGCUCCAGCCAAUCAAAC